AUGUCUGCCGAAAAAUACAACAACCCCCCUGGCGCAGCUCAGAAGCACAGCGACCUGGGGCAUUAUUCGCAAUCCGUGGACCUUGGUAACGGCGUUGUGAAAUGCUCAGGCCAGGGAGGAUGGGACCCGGAAACGGGCGCUCUCGACGCGAAUGACAGCGACAAGCAGAUUGAGCUGGCCAUGAAGAAUGUCGACAUUGUUCUCAAGGCGGCCGGUCUUCGAGGGUGGGAGGAUGUGUAUCUGCUGCGUUCAUACCAUUGCGACAUUCGCACUUCAUGGGCGCCGACGGCUGAGGCUCUGCGCCUGCGGAUUCCCGGUCAUCGGCCGGUCUGGACUGCGGUAGGGGUCGCUAAUUUGGCAUUUCCCGCCAUGCUUAUCGAGUUGGAGGUUGAGGCUCGCCGAUCAACAAAGUAG